AUGGCGGUCAAGAAGGGAGUCGGGCAGCUCAGCGAGUAUGAGCAGCAGCGACAAGAGAAGAUCGCCAAGAACCAGGCAUUGUUACAGCAGCUCCAACUCGAUGCGCAACAGACUGGUCUGGGACCCAAGUCGAAGCCCAAAUCAUCCUCGUCUACCUCAAGCGGUCAAAAGAGGAAACGACAAUUGACAAAGGUCAAGGAAGAGGACAACGCGCCUCGUCGAACUUCAUCCCGUCUCAAAGGCAUCGUUGCCGACUCGGAAGUGGCACGACAGAAGGAAGAAAAGGAAGCCGAGGUGUUCCAGGAAGCGCAACGAGCCAAGCGACAGCGGUUCAGCGAAGACAUCAACCUCGUUGACGCCGUCGUCAACGGCCGAACAUGGAACAAAUCCGGCAACUGGCUGACAGCCUUCGGACCCGCCAACCCCGGGGAACGAACCUUCGAUGCCCAAGAUGUCAAGGAGACAUCCGACAAAGAACUCCGCGAAAUCCGCCAACGUAUGAGCAGCCUCCAACUCUGGGAAGGCGCCGAACCGAAUCGAAUCAAAAUCACCCCCGAACGAAUCUACAGUCUCGGCCUCCACCCCACCCGCGACAAAGCCCUCGUCUUUGCGGGAGACAAGCUAGGCAAUCUCGGCCUCUUCGACAGCUCGCAAACCAGCCCCGAGCAAGUCAAACAAGAAGCCGACGAUGCAGACGAAGAUGGCGAUGUAGACGACGAGAUCGAACCAGCCAUCACCACCUUCAAAAUCCACACCCGCACAAUCAGCGCCUUUCAAUUCUCGCCUCACGACCAGAACGCCCUCCUAACAGCCUCCUACGACUCUUCCAUCCGCAAACUCGAUCUGGAAAAAGGCCAAGCGAUCGAAAUCUACGCCCCCGAAGACAAAGGCGCCGACGACCCCAUCUCAGGCGUAGAAAUAAGCCGUCAAGAUCCAAAUCGCCUACACUUCACCACCCUCAAUGGCGCCUUCGGCCUCCACGACCUGCGCACCCCUUCAACAGAAGCGGAAAUCUUCCAGCUCUGCGAGAAGAAAAUCGGCGGGUUCAGCUUACAUCCCGCCCAGCCGCAUCUUCUCGCCACAGCAUCCCUAGACCGCACGCUCAAAAUCUGGGAUUUGCGGAAGAUAACCGGAAAAGGGGAGGCGCGAUCUCCGUUCCUGAUGGGGGAACACGAAAGCAAACUCUCCGUCUCCCACGCCGCCUUUAACUCCGCAGGCCAAAUCGCCACGGCAUCCUAUGACGAUACGAUAAAAAUCCACACUUUACCCCCUGACGCCGCAACGUGGAAACCAGGCGGGCACGAACUCAGCGAGGCGGCCAUGGCCCCAACGACGAUUAUACCGCAUAACAACCAAACGGGCCGCUGGGUCACGAUUCUCCGCGCGCAAUGGCAAUUACAACCCGCCGAUGGGAUCCAGCGGUUCGUGAUUGGGAAUAUGAAUCGGUUUGUGGAUAUUUAUACGAGUCGGGGGGAGCAGUUGGCGCAGUUGGGGGGGGAGGGGAUUACGGCUGUGCCGGCUGUGGCUAUGUUUCAUCAGAGUAGGGAUUGGGUGGCGGCGGGGACUGCGUCGGGCAAGUUGUGUUUGUGGAUGUAA